CUCCGCGCACGCGCCGCACCCGCACCCGCACCCGUUUCCCCCUCCCCACCCCCAUUUCAAACCAGCAGAAGCGAAACAAAUCCCCUCAUAAUCCUCCGAUCCGCCCACCAAACCGCGCCCCUAAUCACGCAGGAAUCCAUCCGCUCGCCUCCAUCAAUCAAUCCGUCCAGAAGACGGCGUCUCCGGCGGCGGGGGCGAUGAUGGAGGAGGACCCGCUGAUCCCGCUGGUGCACGUGUGGAACAACGCCGCCUUCGACUCCUCCAACUCCGCCUCCUCCAACGCCUGGCACGCGCACGCCACGCCCGUGCGCAGGGGCGAGAAGGAGAACCGCCGCCCCGCUGAGACCGACGACGCCGACGCCGAGAUCGCGCGCAUCGAGGCCGAGAUCCUGCGCCUCUCCUCGCGCCUCCACCACCUCCGCGUCUCCAGGGGCCACGACGCCAACGCCCAGCCCACCGGGACGCGGCCGCGGGGGAGGGCGCUCGGCCUCGCCCCCCUCGACGACGACCUCCCCGCCGCCGCCGCGGACCCCGACAACCUGCUCCUCCUCCCGGAGAAGCAGCAGCCCCCGUCUGCCGCGCAGAAGCCCAAGCCCGCCGCCAAGCAGCAGUUCCCGGCGUCGCGGGGCGGCAGGGGACUCAGCAUCGGCCCGCUCGACAUCGCCGCCGCGAACCCCACCAAGGCACCCGCGGCACGCCAGCAGCCGCAGCCGCAGCCGCAGCAGGGCGCCGCGGCCAGCCGCAUCCUGAGGCCGAUCAAGGAGCCGCCCGUGCAGCGCCGCAGGGGCGUCAGCCUCGGGCCCUUGGAGAUCCAGCACGGCGUCAGCGGCACCAAGCCCGCCGCGGCGGCCGCGGCACGCGCCAAGCCGUUCCCCAGCAAGCUGAACGCCAUCCGCGAAGAAGGGCUGGCUUCCAGGCAGCAGCCCGCGGUCCCCGCCAAGCUCUGGCCGUCGAGCAACGCCAGGCAGCCGCUGGACAGCAGCAAGCAGGGAACCGCGGCGAGCAGGGCCAAAGCGAGGAGCUCCAGCAUGAGCCCCAGGGCGAGGAGGCAGUCCAUUGCCAGGGCCACGAACAGCGCCAGGGGAGGCGUCGCUGCGUUCGGGGCCGCCAAGGUGGUGGCCGACGAGCUCACGCCCAAAGCUGCGAUGAACCACACCGGCAACACGUCCACCUGCAGGAGGCCGGCAGGGAGCUCCAAGGUCAGGGUCGUCCCCAGCCGCUACAGCCUCAUGCCCGGCGCCUCCCUCGGAGCUGCAACACAAGACAGGCGCCGCAAGGAGUCUCUCCCGGGGUCGACAGGGGGCGCAGGCCAGAAGGAGGAGACCAAGGCGAUGCCCACUGAGCCUGUCGACGAUGAUCUCUCUCCUGAAUCACUCGACAAGGUUGCUGAACUGCUCCCGAGGAUCAGGACCAUGCCGCCUUCCGACGAGACUCCCCGCGACUCCGGGUGCGCGAAGCGGGCAGCCGAUCUGGUGGGGAAGCGAUCCUUCUUCGCGGCGGCCGCAGCGGGCGAGGGCAGUGCCAUUUCCUCCUACCAGGCGCGGGUCCUCGAAGCCGAGGCACCGGAGGAGGCAACAGCAGCUGCAGCAGCAGAGGCCUUGAGCGAUGAGGCAGCAGCAUGAUUUUGAUCCAUUCAUGAUUGGUCGGAGCGCUUGCUUAACUUGAGCAUUUGGGUGAGGCUUUUUGCAGCGUGUUACAUAGUCAGUCCGUCUACUGUUAUAUUCCUAUCUCAUGCUUUGUUUGCCGAUUUCAUUCGUUAAGGCCCUGCUAGAGUGUGAAGAAGACCUUUAUAUGGGUGCUCUUGUUUAGUUUUACCUGUCAGUCAGUGUGCUCUGUUUUAUGUAAGUAGUGUCAUGGUGUGGUACUGAAACCCUUUUGGUUGGAAAUGCAAGAGGAUAAUAUUCUGCUCGAAA